AUGGAGAACAAAGACGCCGAGAACAAGAACAACCAGGGCACCUAUACUGCCAGUAUGGAUACUAGCGAAGAUGAAGUCAAGACGGAUACCAUUCCAGAAACCAAAGAGCAUCCAGACUGCCACUCAAAGGAGAAUGAGAGGAAUAGGGGAGAGAUCAACGAGCAAUCAAAACCAGAACCUGCAUUAAUCAACAAAGCUGGUGACAUAACAAUUCAUCCAGUGACUUCUCGUGCUGAGAUGGAUAAAUUAACCACCGAUUCCCAGUGCAAUACAGCAGAGCACACAGAGCCACACUCUGUCACGGACCCAGAACUUUUACUACCAGCACACAUGUAUAUACAAAUGCUACCCCUGACACGCGACUUUGCGGAAGGCAGAAGCCUGCCGGGGGCCUUUGCCGUGGAAGGUCCCCAUGUCAGGCUAAGGCGGUCGCCCGAGGUCCAAGCCUCAAGUACUAAUGAAGUCUCUCAAACCAAUCACGUUCACAAUGAUGACCUUCGCAUUGAUGACGCCCACUUGGUGGACAACAAAAAUUCUAUGACAGAGCAUGUUGAUCAAGGAAGCAGUGCUGAACUUGUUGAGGGCAAACUUAUAGGCAGGAGACCACAAGACAAGCAAGGCCGCUGCGUUGGAUGGGCAAUCAUACUUGGAUGCGCUGUUUUUUCAGUGGUGGUUAUAUUUGUCUUCCUUGUGGGACAGUCCAGCGGGGAACCCGCAGAGAGCACGAUGAAUGCGAACAAAAAUCUCACUCAAGACCAAACCACCCAAUAUCCACCGUUUCAUGACAACCUCCCCCAGUUGGUUGCCACAGCCAUUUUAGAGGACAUUGAUAGUCCUUUCUAUCAUGCAAAUCAAUGGGUCAUGAAGGAUCCCAACUUUGAAACCUACCCCACAGAACGAAAUCUACAAAGGUUCUACUUGGCCAUGAUGUACUAUGCUACUAAUGGUAACUCUUGGAUUGAUAAUGAGAAAUAUCUCAGUUAUGAAGUUUCAGAAUGUAGUUGGUUCACCAAGAGCAGCUUCCCCACUUCAAGCAAGUAUUAUGAAGCCAAUGUUUGCGAAAACAACACAGUGAUCAACUUGAGCCUGGCAUCAAACAAUUUGACAGGGAUGUUCCCAAUUUGGUACUCUUACUUCAUUCCCUCAUUGAAGAUCCUUGACCUUGGAUACAAUCCGAUUGCUGGUGCAUUGCCACCGAUCACUUCCACUCCAGAAUUUGAAGUCUUUGUUGUUUCCCAAACUGAAUUGGAAGGGGCUCCCAUCAUGAACGCGGGGGCCUACUUCGCUGCUCUCAAGGUCUUGAAGAUUGAUGGUAGCAAGGUCCGCGGAAGUAACAGUGGAGCGUUGAAUUAUCUGACUCCAAACCUUGAGGUCAUGAAUAUCACUAACAACCCUACCGGUAUCGGUACUGGUGGCAACAUUUUUUCAUCCAUUGGACUACUGACUCACUUGGAAUAUUUGGGGAAUGGCCACAGAGUUGUUUUGAACCUCACAAUCCCAACUGAGAUUGGUUUAGCCAGGUCUCUGCUUGAAAUCGACUUGUCCAGCAAUCGCAGGUUUGAGGGAAUGAUUCCGUCUGAACUUGGUCAACUUUCGCACUUGAAGAAGCUAGACCUAAUGGGCACACCUGUCACGGGGAAAGUGCCUGUUGAGGUUUGCAAGAGAGUACAAGAAGGCCAACUGGAGCUUUUGGUGGACUGUGGUGCUCUGCUUCGGUGUUGUGCCGACUAA